GUUGAGGAGGCGGGGUUUAGUAACGGGGGGAGUGUGUGUGUGUUUAUGAGAGUGGCGGCUCUCUCGCGCUCUCAAAUACAUCGGCGGCAGGCGGCAGUGAGCGGUGGAGAGCGAAAGUGACUCGCGCUGAAGGAAGGAAGGAAGGAAGACAGUAAUCUGCAGACGCCGAACGGAGAUACGCGCGCUCACACCAAACGGACACUGUGUUGGGCGACGGACAGUUGAGGCUGUAUAAGAAACUUAUACUUUAGACCAAUCCAGACUUGCGCGUGUAAAAAUCGACCAAGCGAACGCAAAUGGCUGACUCUGGGGCAAACAGCAACAGCGACGGGGAGGACAGCGGACCCCGUGAGCCCAUGCGGGGCUUUGCGCGCCAAGGCGCCCUUCGACAGAAGAAUGUGCACGAGGUGAAGGACCACAAGUUCAUCGCGCGCUUCUUCAAACAGCCCACCUUCUGCAGCCACUGCACGGACUUCAUCUGGGGUUUUGGCAAGCAGGGGUUCCAGUGUCAAGUGUGUUGUUUCGUGGUACAUAAGCGCUGCCAUGAGUUUGUCACCUUCCAGUGUCCAGGAGCCGACAAGGGUCCUGAUUCAGAUGACCCGAGGAGUAAACACAAAUUCAGGAUCCAUACGUACUCCAGCCCGACCUUCUGUGAUCACUGUGGAUCCCUGUUGUACGGUCUCAUCCACCAGGGCAUGAGAUGUGAUCAUUGUAUGAUGAACAUCCACAAGCGCUGUGUGGCCAACGUUCCCAGUCUGUGUGGGACGGACCACACAGAGAGACGAGGACGAAUCCACAUCACCGCAGAAAUCAAGGACAACAAACUCACCGUCACCAUCCAUGAAGCUUGCAAUCUAGUGCCCAUGGAUCCCAAUGGUCUCUCUGACCCCUAUGUGAAGCUCAAACUCAUCCCUGACCCAAAGAGUGACACCAAGCAGAAGACCAAGACCAUCAAGUGUAACCUGAACCCUACCUGGGAUGAAACCUUCAAAUUUUCUCUGAAGGACUCAGAUAAGGACCGUCGUCUGUCUGUGGAGAUCUGGGACUGGGAUUUGACCAGCCGGAACGACUUCAUGGGAGCGCUGUCCUUCGGCAUCUCAGAACUCCAGAAACAAGGAGUGGAUGGAUGGUUUAAGCUGUUGUCCCAGGAGGAAGGGGAGUACUUCAACGUCCCUGUUCCCCCUGAGGGAGAGGAGGGCAAUGAAGAGCUACGACAGAAGUUUGAGAGGGCUAAGAUUGGUCCGAGCACCAGGAACAGGGAGGCAUCUGCCUCUGCAGCCAAGUUUGACUCCAAUGGCAACCGAGACCGCAUGAAGCUGUCGGACUUCAACUUCCUCAUGGUGCUAGGAAAGGGCAGCUUCGGCAAGGUGAUGUUAGCAGAAUAUAAGGGCAGAGAUGAGCUGUAUGCCAUUAAGAUCCUGAAGAAGGACGUGGUGAUCCAGGACGAUGAUGUGGAGUGCACCAUGGUGGAGAAGAGGGUCCUGGCCCUCCAAGGGAAACCUCCCUUCCUCACUCAGCUACACUCCUGCUUCCAGACCAUGGACCGGUUGUAUUUUGUAAUGGAGUAUAUCAAUGGAGGAGACCUCAUGUAUCAGAUCCAACAGGUUGGCAAGUUCAAGGAGCCACACGCUGUGUUCUAUGCAGCUGAGAUUGCAACUGGAUUGUUCUUCCUUCAUCUGAAAGGAAUUAUCUACAGGGACCUGAAGCUGGACAACGUAAUGUUGGAUGCAGAGGGCCACAUUAAGAUAGCUGACUUCGGGAUGUGUAAAGAGAACAUGCUGGAUGGAGUCACAACAAAGACGUUCUGCGGGACCCCAGACUACAUCGCCCCGGAGAUCAUAGCAUACCAGCCCUAUGGGAAAUCUGUGGACUGGUGGGCCUUUGGAGUUCUGCUCUACGAGAUGCUAGCUGGACAGCCUCCAUUUGAUGGUGAAGAUGAGGAUGAGUUGUUCCAGUCCAUCAUGGAGCAUCACGUCUCCUACCCCAAGGCGAUGUCCAAGGAGGCAGUCGCCAUCUGUAAAGGGCUGAUGACGAAGCACCCAGGCAAGCGUUUGGGCUGUGGUCCAGAGGGGGAGCGAGACAUCAGGGAGCACGGGUUCUUCCGCUACAUGGACUGGGACAAACUGGAGAACAAGGAGGUCCAGCCGCCAUUCAAACCCAAAGCUAAGAACAGCCGGGACACAUGUAACUUUGAUAAGGAGUUCACUAAGAUGCCUGUGGAUCUGACUCCGACAGAUAAGCUGUUUAUCAUGAACCUGGACCAGGACGAGUUCCUGGGUUUCAGCUACACCAACCCUGAAUACCCCUGUGUUUCUGAAAGGGAAGAGGAGAAGGAGGCUGCCCCGAGCUAAGACAGUAAAACACAGACCUGAGCACACACUCACCUGAAGACACACACACACACACCGGAACACACUUAUCUUGACAGACACAAUUCCUGAACAAUUUCUGAGGGGGGGGAGAGAAGGAGGCUACCCCUAGCUAAAAACACAGACCUGAGCGCACAUCCACCUGAAGACACACACACACACACACCUGAAGACACACACACGCACCCACCUGAAGACACACACACACACACCUGAAG